AUGCCUCGCGGUCGCCCAAGGAAACGCGCUGCCGCUCAGGCUCCAAGGACCAAGAGGCAGAGAAAGAAUACACCGCCAGCAUGGCAAGGUGAUACCGAUACCAAUGCCGAUGUUGACACUGAUUUUCUUGUCUGUGUGAAUGAAAACGUUGAAGAUGGCAUCGGGGAUUCUAAGGAUGGAUCUGAUUCUCAGCCAUGGGAGAGUCCGGUGAGGAAGACUGGGGAUGCAAGAGAGACCCUGAAAGCACUGCAGAACCUUAUCGAGUCUACGGAGAAAGAGGAGGAGCUGGCCAAGGCUUUUGAGAAGACAGUGAAGGACGAGGAACAACGCCUCCUUGGGAUCGUGGAGGAGAAAGCUGAAGAAGAGGAGUUCGAAGCACAAUUCGCCGAGCUUCUUACUGCAGCUCUUGCUCCAACUGGGACUGGUACUUCUGAGACAGCUCCCUUCGUUCUUGGUAACCCUGAUGAUGAACGUCUGCGGUUAGACAUCACGGCUGAUAAACAUCCUCUUUACAUCGCCUCCAAAGCACUUCUUGAUAGCACACAGGCUAUGCUGAAAGACUGCAAGAAGUACCUGAAACAGACUAAGAAGCUGCAAGUCCCUGACACACCCAAUGCCGCCUGGGAGCAGGAGCAGAGGGAGGCGAUGAGGAUUAUCUCUGCGGCCAAAGUGGCAACAGCGGCGGAAAUAGAACAACUUCUGAACGACGAGAGAGAGAAAAGGAAAAAGAAGGAUGUGAAGAAAAACAAGCAGAAACAGAAACAGGAAAAAUAUUUGGGCAGUCAUGACAGUACUAAGGAUCAGAAGCUCUCUCAUCUGCCCAGUUCUAUCGAAGGCGAAGGAGGCAAGGGUGAAUCAAUAAUUGAGAACGACGUCCGUCUUCAGCAAGUGUUGACGAUGGGUCGUCAGGCUGUGGAGAAGGAGCAUGGGAAGCGCGAAGUGUACGGAUGGGGGAAGGUAGCUUGUCAAGUUGAGAAAGCAAUGAAGGGACUUGUCAAAGCCCUUCCGGACGAGAAGGAUUGAAGAUAAGACCGGGGCUUUGGGGAUAUGUUUUAUGACUAUCUUGUUCUUCAAUGCAGGCUGUCAGGGCUUGUCUCUUGUAUUGACUGCUGAUGAAGUUGUCGGAGCGGACCUGUGGGAUCGUUUGACUGCAUUUUUAAUCCAGCAUUAAUUAUUUCUGUAUCUCUAUGCAGGAUAUGCUUAAUUAAUU